AUAAGAAUUGGUAGACUGUUUUCAAAGUAUUGCCUCUGGGGUAUGGUUAAUUAAUAACAACAAAGAAAUAAUUGGGGCGCAAGUGAAAUUUGGAGUUUAAUGCCUGGUUUCAAUCAUGGAAAACUUAAAAAUCAGUGAUAAUUUAUUCUCAAAUAUACGCUACUUUAUCGUAGGUAAUUUGGAUGAAGAGGUGGAGCGUCUACUUAAAAAUGGUGGGGCGCAAUCAAAACCUUAUAUUUGUAAUGUGGUUACUCAUUUGAUAUGUGCACCCAAUUACACGGAAGGAGAAGUUGUUAUGAAUGUGGAGCUGUAUAGUGUUAUACCGGUUACCGUACAAUGGAUCUUACAUAGCGUUAAACUGGGGCGGUUAGCUUCAACUAGACCAUUUGAUCCGACCGCCACACGUUUAAUGAGAAAUAUUGCUGCCGCUAUUGUAAACGUGUCGGCCAGCGAUCGUAAACGUUUAUAUGCAAUGCUGACAUUUCACGGAGCCCAAGUUGCUACCAAUUUGGCUAGUAAUGUUACACAUUUAAUUUGUGGCUUUGCUGAAGGCUCAAUUUAUACCAAAGCCAACUCACUGCCUAAGGGAAGUUUAAAUAUUGUCACACCCGAUUGGGUAACUGAGUGCUUGAAGCAAAAGAAACUAUUAAAUUGUGAUCUAUAUCAUCCACGAUUGUUGCGACAAAUAGAAAGACCAAAGGCAUCUUUACUAAGUGGAGCGUUGUCAACGAAUACAAUCGUUAGCCAUAGUGUGGUAGCAGUACCUCCGACAGCACCUAAGCAUCCUCCCACAGUCGAGGAAACAUUAUCAAACAUUUUGGGCUUUGAUGACGAUCCAUUAAUGGAUAAGACUUCAGAUUUAGAUUCUGGUACUCCUUUGGAUGCAAACGCCGCUCAGAGUAUAGCAAAUAUAAAAUCACAAUUACAAGCAGCAGCUGUACAGAUAACUGCAGCUAAAGAUGCAAAGAACUCUGCAACCCAGUCUACCUCAAUAAACCAUACCAUAUCCAAAACUGAAACCUCCACAAGUUCUCCAUUUAGCAGGAAUACUGCCAAUGAAAUAACUUCUCAGCCUACCCAUAACUUGCAACACCAACAGCAACAACAAUCCCAAAUUGUGUUUGUAAGGCCACGAAACAUACAACAGCAACAACAACAACAACCACCACCGCAACUCCUAAGUGCAUCACAAUCACAAAGUUCAACGCAGGGGCAAAGUGGAGGAAUACAGCAAACUCAACAGCAGCAAAUUAUUUUGCAACAGAAAAUUAUACCUAAUGUGUCUGCAAAUGUUCAGCAUCAACAUCAUCAACAACAACAUAGUCUACAAUUGCAACAACAGCAGCAGCAACAGCAGCAACAACAACAACAAAACUUACAAAUACAACAACAGCAACAAAUUGUACAACAACAAAGGACGCCGCUCACACCCACUCAUUUGUCAGCAGACUCACGAGCUCCCACCCCGCAGCCUCCUAGAACGCCGCAGUCCAAUAGUGGGAGGCAAACACCACAAGCUCCAAGAACACCUCAGCCGUGUACCACACCGCAACCUCAACAAAUAACUGGUCAAUCUCCGCAACAUGCUACUAGCGUGAUCGCAAUGUCGCCGCAACAACACCCUCAGACAGCACAACCCAGCCCUCAGCAUCAAACUCAGCAACAACAAACGAUAUCGAUGUCACCAAAAGUGUUGCAUCAACAUAUUUUACGACAGCAACAAGCAUUGCAGCAACAACAAUUGCAAUUGCAACAACAAAUACAGAAUGGCCAAAGUUUAACGCCGCAACAACAAGCCCUGCAAAGACAAAUUCAACAUCAACAGCAACAAUUAAUGCAACAACAACAACAACAACUACAUCAACAACUUCAGCAACAGCAAAUGCAGCAACAAUCACCCCGUUUGCAACAAAAUCCCUCACCAGCGCCUCAAGUCCCAUCACCUUCGCUAACGAGCAAUGUGGCCACCACGAACAUGAUGCCACCGCAAUCCCCUAGACAAUUGCAAAGUCCAGCGCCACAAAUGACCCCGCCGCCGCCGCCACAAUCUCCGGUGCCAGCGGGAGCCCAACAACAAAAACCUCUUUUGAUCCAACAACAAUUAAGGCAACAAUUGCAACAAAGUCGUCAACAACAAAGACAGCAACAGCAAUCACCGCAGCAUUUAAUGUCACCGCAACCUUUUCAACAACCCCAGAGAGUUCAAAUGCAAAUGCAGCAAAUGCAACAACAAUUACAACAACAGCAGCAACAACAGUCACCGCAGCACCGUGCUUCUCCUUCGGCACCACCUUCACCUAUUACGCAACAGCACAAUCAGCAGCAAUCGAAAAUGAUUUCGUCGCAAAAGCCCAUUGACCCAACUGAUCCGGUGCAGGUGGCCCAAAUUUUAAGCCGCUCGGCGCCAAGUCCCAAUCAUGAGUCGUUGGUAAUGAGACAGCAGCAAUUGAAACAACAGCAACAGCAGCAGCAGCAAUUGCUUUUGAACCAAACUAAUCAGCAACAGCAGCAGCAGCAGCAGCAACAGCAAGCGGGACAAGGGACGCAGAGGCAAGUAAUAAAUACAUCAACUGCUCAAGGACAACAAAUCAUACAAAGCCAUAUGAUGAGCAUGCAACAACAGAAACAACAACAACAAUUAUCACAGUUGCAACAACAGCAGCCACCGCAGCAACUUUUGCAACAAAAGACAGGCUUGGUAUCAGCACAAACCCAGUCGGCAUCAGGACAACAACAGCAGCAAAAUUUGGUGCAAACGCCACAACAAAAUAUAUUGCAACAACAGCCGCAACAAAUACAAUUUAACACAGCUCAACAACAACAGACAACGUCUCUGCCGCAACAGCAACAAAUACAGCCGCAACAAAAUAUCACAACUGUAACAGGUCCUGGAGGAGUCCGUAUCAUACAACAAACACUGAAGCCAGCCACAACUACGAAUUUGCAGUCGCCGCAGCAACAGUCGCAACAACAAAUAAUAACUCAACAGCGGCAAGUUCAAACCCAACAGCAAAUCAUCACACAGCAAAUACAACAAAGUUCUCAACAACAACAGUUGCAGCAAUCGCAACAACAUAUGAGCACAUCGUCAACGAAUAAACCAAAAUAUAUUAUCAGUCAACAACAAUUUAACCAAUUAAGCCUACAACAACAACAGCUAAUACUUCAGCAGAACCAACAAAACCAGAAUUACUUUAUUGUCAAUCAAUCUAAUGUUACGCAAUUAGCAGGACAACAGCAUCAGCAACAACAACAAUCGCAGCAUCAAAUUUCUCAAAGUACCGGCCAAUUGAUAAAACAGCAGCAGCAGCCUCCGCCGCCCAUGUACAACCAAAGGACAGUGCAACAACCACAACAGCAGCAGCAGUUGGUCGAUCUGGAGGGAAACAUAUUGCAAUCGCCGCAACAACAACAACCAAGAAUACUCUUACAACCUCAACAAUCGAAUACUUCACCUCAGCAACCACCGCAACAACAGCAGAUCGUUAUUAAUCAGCAAAUCAUUAAUAAUCCGCAAAGCUUACAAUAUUUACAGCAACAACAACAACAAUUACAGUUUCAGCAGCAAAAAAUACAACUUCCUCAGCAAAUUCAACAUGUCCAACAGCAAAAUAAUAUAAUUUCAAAUCAACAGCAACAACAGCAACCGUCUCAACCACAAAUAGUGCAACAGCAAAUAUUGCAUCAGAGUCCCCAACAUCAGCAACAGCCGCCUCAACAAAUUAUUAUCCAGCAACAGCUGGUGUCCGGUAAUUCAAAUCUUUUACAACAGCAACAGUCUGUUCAGCAGCAGCAACAACAACAACAGCAACAACAAAUACUUAUACAAAAACAACAGUUACAACUACCACAGCAAAUCUUGGAGCCACAACAACAACAGCAACAACCAACUCAAAUGCAACAAGCGACACAGCAACAAAUCAUUUUACAACAACCACCCUUGCAACAGACUGUACUUAUCCAACAACAACAAACAUCACAAUCACCUCAGCAACAACAACAGUCACAACCGCUAGGGCAAACACAACAACUGAUUAUACAGCAAGAGUCACCACAGCAGCAGCAGCAAACACAGCAACAAUCAACUCAGCAAACACACUGGUCCCCACAAAGUCCUGCUCAACAAGUACAACAAAUGUCCGGAAAGCCUGGUACGUUAACUACGAUGCAACAACUUCAACAGCCGCAAGCGCAACCGCGAAUCACGCAAGUAUCACAGCAGCAACAGUUCAUACGUAAUACUCGACCCAAUUUACAAUGGCAACAGCAACAAAAUGACAGACUAUGUGCAACGCCUCAGCCUCAGCGUCAACUAAUUCAAUUGGACGAUAAAACACAUGCUCAUUUUAUGUCUUUAGAUCCUGUGAAAAAAGCUGAGUACAUAGCUAAAUUACAACAAAGUAAACAACGUGUAAUGCUGAGGCAGCAGGUUGCCUAUCAGCCGCGACCAGGGGCACCUAAUGUUGUGGCCAGUGCUUUGGGUACAGCACCCCGGCCAGCAGGUCCCACAACGCAGCAUAUUAUUGUUCAAAGUCAAAUGCCAGCGGGAUUAACGCAACAACAGCAAAUGCAAUGGUUACAACAACAGCAACGCCAAGUCGUUGUAAGAGCCGGUAAUAGGACGCCCGGAUUAAGUCCUCUAACGCCCGCACAAGUGGGCUCGACCGCAACUGUCGCUAUGGGACAGCAACAGCAGCAACAACAACUUCAACAACAAACUCAAUUGUACAAUACGAAUGAUCCUAAUCAGCAAAUGUUACUGCAAAGGCAACAAUUGAGAGUGCAAUUACAGCAACAGCAAUUAUUGGGGCAAAAGCCGCAACAGACCGUACAAGUCAUUACCGGUCCAGGAGGUCAACUCAUUGAACAACAAACAAUAAUACAACACCAGACGCAACAACAAAAUCCUGGCAAUGUGAUAAAUGCUGGCCAACAGAGUACUGGGAAUAUAAUCACAACCCUAGCACCGCAAGCCGUGGUGAUGCCUAAUCAAAUUUCCACCAUUGAUGGUCAGCUUGCAAAUCAAACACAACAACAGCCGCCUACUCUUCAACAAACUCAACAACAGAUGAACAUGAAAACUAAAACAGCUCUGGCUAAUAUGUUAAACAGUCGCUUGGGAGCAACUGCAACUGGUGUAUCCAUAUCUCCCCAACAAAUUCAACAACAGCAGCAAUCGCUAUCUGUAGCAGGCGGCGUUGCAGGUGUACAAAUAGUUGAACAAACUCAACAGCAAGUUCAACCACAAAUAAUACAACAAACUCAAGUGGUGGUGGCCCAAACUUCGCAGCAACAGCAAAUUGCCAUGGUACAACAACAGCAACAGCAGCAGCAGCAACAACAACAGCAACAACAACAGCAGCAGCAACAACAACAAAUCGCAGCUGGCAUUAUGGCGGCACCAACUGCCUCGGUCAAUGUAGUUGAGCCCAGUGCAGCAGGCACUUUACGUAUGAUGACUCAGCAACAUGCAAGCGCUGCGCUACAACAACCCAGUGGCAGUCAACCUGCUGCGUCAAGUGUGGUGGGUGUAGCAAGAACACAGCAAGAAUUGUUAUUAUUACAACAAAAACAACAGCAACAACAACAACAACAACAACAGCAAAUGCGUCGGCCCAUUUUACAAACGCAAAUGUCAACGGGACCGGUACCUACUGGCAAUCUUAUCGCGACUGGCGCUCCCGCCCCACAGCAACAAAUCGUACAGCAGCAGCUAGUAGUUGCAGCUAGUGGUGGUACAGUACAGCAGCAAGUUGUAGCAGCCCCUGGUUCCGUUGGGUCAACUAGGGUAAUGACCCCAGCCGGGUAUAUACAGCAGGGUCGGGUUGCUCAAUUACCAAUGCCUCCUCGACCGCAAUUCUACGGUCACAAUCCUAACCUGAAGUUACCAACCGAUUUAUUUUUAGUUGGAUGCACGUUCUUCAUCGUAGAAGAAUAUGAAGAAAGCGAUGGUGAUGAGUUACCUAUCUGGAUUGAAACUAUACGCCAAUUCGGUGGUGACAUUGAAAAAGUCUAUUGUCCUCGUGUAACGCAUGUUCUUUGCCGCACUCAACGCCACGGUGUAGUAAUGCAAGCUUUGAGGGACGCCAAACGCUGCAUAACCGCUUAUUGGUUAAGUGAUAUAUGUCUGAAGAAACAUUUAUUACCGCCAUGGCAACCGCUUCAUUUGCCCUUCCCCAGCCCGUUUGGCUAUCAGAAACCUUUAGAGCGACACAUUAUAGCAUCGAAUGGGUACGAACCUGAAGAGGAGUACCGAAUCAAACAAAUGGCGCAAGAAUGCGGUGCUAUUUACACAUCAUACCUUUCCAAGCUAAACACGAUACUAAUAGCUAAAAAAUUGGAAGGUGAUUUAUACCAAGCGGCUAAAGAAUGGAAUAUACCCAUAGUUAAUACACAAUGGAUUAAUGAUAUAGCUAUUGGUAAUUUAAGCACCAUGACCCAAUAUGAUAAUCAAAAAUAUCAGCAAUACAAUGUAACAACAUCGCCAUUUCGCAUUGAUUAUGCUCUUGUGCCACAUCUAAUGGGUAAAUAUCACUGUCCUUUAGAAAAUUAUUAUAGCACAUUUGGAUAUAGUAUUUAA